ACAAUGAAGACGUUACUCUUCCUUGCCCUGCUUGGUCUGUUCGCUGUGUGUCAAUGUCGACACCUUGGACAUGCUGUGGUUCGGCGCAGUGCCGAGAGCAGCAGCCGCGAAUGGGGCAGAAAUGGUGGCAACAGUGACGACAGCGAUGAGUAUGGCAAAGCAUACGGUAAUGGGUACAAUGGGUACGGCUAUGGGUAUGGCAACGGCUAUGACAACGGCUACGACAGUGGCUAUGAUAAUGGAUACGGCAAUGGACAUGACAAUGGCUAUGACAGUGGCUAUGAUAAUGGAUACGGCAAUGGACAUGACAAUGGCUACGACAGUGGCUAUGAUAAUGGAUACGGUAAUGGACAUGACAAUGGCUAUGACGGCGGUUAUAACACAUAUGAUAAUGGUUAUGACAACGGUUACGGCAAUGGUGAUGAGAAUGGUUAUGAGAAUGGACACGAAGAUGAAAGCAGCGACAGUGAUGACAGUGACAGCAAUGAGGCCAACGGAAAUGGUGAUUGGAAUGGAAAUGACCAUGGGGCUGGGAACGGGCACAAAAAUGAAGUUGGAUAUGAGAAUGGAUACGGAUACGGAAAUGGGAAAGGACAUGGGAAUGGAGGUGAAAUGGAAAUGGGAAUGGAGGCAGGAAUGGCAAUGGGAAUGGACAUGGUGUUGGAAAUGGGAAUGGAUACGGGAAUGGAAAUGGGAAUGGAGACAAAAAUGGAAAUGGACACAGGAAUGGAAAUGGGAAUGGGCACUGGAAUGGAAAUGGAGAUAAGAAUGGAAAUGGGAAUGGGCACUGGAAUGGAAAUGGAAAUGGAGACAAGAAUGGAAAUGGGAAUGGAAAUGGGAAUGGAGACAAGAAUGGAAAUGGGAAUGGGCACGGGAAUGGAAAUGGGAAUGGAGGCAAGAAUGGAAAUGGGAAUGGAAAUGGGAAUGGAGACAAGAAUGGAAAUGGGAAUGGGCACGGGAAUGGAAAUGGGAAUGGAGGCAAGAAUGGAAAUGGAAACGGACACGGGAAUGGAAACGGUAAUGGAGAUGGAAACGGAAAUGGGAAAAGAAAUGGGAAUGGACUCAGCAUCGGAGAUGCCAAGGGAUACCAGAAUGGUCAUGGGAAAGGAGCUGGAAAUGGCAAUGGGAAUGGAGGUGCUGGAGCUGAUGAUUCCAGUGACUCCAGUGAUUCCAGUAGUUCUAGCGAAUCCAGUGACUCCAGCGACAGCAGUGAUUCCAGUAGUUCUAGUGAUAGUAGUGACUCCAGCAACUCAAGUGAUAGCAGUGACAGUGAUGACUCCAGUGACUCUGAUGAUUCCAGUGACUCCAGUGAUUCUAGUGACUCCAGUGACUCUGAUGAUUCCAGUGACUCCAGUGAUUCUAGUGACUCCAGUGACUCUGAUGACUCCAGUGAUUCCAGUGAUUCUGAUGAUUCCAGUGAUUCUAGUGACUCUGAUGAUUCCAGUGACUCCAGUGACUCUGAUGAUUCCACGAUUCCAUGACUCCAGCGAUUCCAGUGACUCUGAUGACUCCAGUGACUCUGAUGACUCCAGUGAUUCCAGUGACUCUGAUGACUCCAGUGAGUCUGAUGAUUCCAGUGAUUCCAGUGACUCUGAUGACUCCAGUGACUCUGAUGACUCCAGUGAUUCCAGCGACUCUGAUGACUCCAGUGAUUCCAGUGACUCCAGCGACUCUGAUGACUCCAGUGAUUCUGAUGACUCCAGUGAUUCCAGUGACUCAGAUGAUUCAAGUGACUCCGAUGAUUCCAGUGACUCCGAUGAUUCCGACAGCUCCGAUGACUCUAGUGACUCCAAAGAUUCCAGUGACUCAGGUGAUUCCAGUGAUUCAGAUGACUCCAGUGAUUCCAGUGACUCAGAUGACUCCAGUGACUCAGAUGACUCCAGUGAUUCCAGUGACUCAGAUGACUCCAGUGAUUCCAGUGACUCCAGUGAUUCCAGCGACUCCAACGGAAACAGUAAUUCUGGUAAAUCAGCAAAGAAAUCAAACAAGAAGAAUUAAGCAAACGGUGAGGAGCUGGUGAGAAGGCAGCUCUCUGUCUGUGCCUGACCUCUCACCCCCUUGCGUGCUGUUGUUAAUAGUUUUGUGGUCGUCGUGUGAAUCCCAGGUUCCCCUUGAUCUGCUUCAUCCUGAAUGUCAAUCCCUCCUGGGAAUGUGUGCAAUCCCUGUCUAUGUUAUGGUCCUUCUGCCUGUGUACAAUGCAAUA